UUUGUACUUGACGACAUUAGGUCGUAGAAUCUCUGUGAUAAAUCACUAGAACUAGUACAUAUCAAUGCCCAUGCCAGCACCAUCUCUUAGAAUUGUUCUUUGUUGCAUGUUUGUGGUUGCGGGAAGAAUGUGAGGAUCUACGUUACAGAAUGAAAGAAGGCCAUCUUAAAAGAAUGGAAGACAGCUGUUUCUGCUCACACAACUGCCGAGAUCGAAAGGAGCAGAUAAAAGAUCUUAAGCCCCUGAAACAGGGGAUGCCCAAUAAAGUUGAAGAGCGCCCUCGUUCUUCUUCUUUAAGUCCCACCGCUGCAGGUUCGCAACCCCGAAGAGUGGGCUCUACUCCUUCCUAUAGCUUUAAUUUUAGAUGCAACGAACAAGCUAAUAAAAGAAGGGAGUUCUACUCUAAGCUUGAGGAAAAGAUUCGUGCAAAGGAAGUGGAGAAAACUACCAUGCAGGCCAAAUCUAAGGUGCUAUAAAGAUCACUAUGUUUGGAGAAAGGAGAGUUAAACUAUUUAGCUUACAAGUUGAAAUGACAUCUGAUUAUCAAAGUUCAGUGAAAGCAUGUGUCAGCUUGUUGCUAAUCCAUAUUUUCUCUAAAUUUAAUCAUUGGGUCAUGAAAGUUUGCUUCUUGAAGGUACCAAUAGUCGUUCUCUGUUCUUUUCAUUUGUUUUUUUCCUGUUUUUUUUAUUUAAUCCUUUUGAUAAAUGUGUGAUCUCUCUUUAACCAGUUUCGAUGUUUUUGUUCUUAAAAUUAUUUGCUGGCCUGUUAGUAGCAGGCCUAUAUGCCUUGUGAGCAUGAGGAUGAUAGUUAUCUUGCAGGACUUAGCGACAACUCUGUCUAUGGGACAUUUCUACAUCCAAUAUGCUUGCUGAAGUAAAAUGUCCAGGUUAGUUGUCUCAGAAGCAAAAUGUUCAGAAAUAAGUUGUUCCUUCUUUCUGAUUGGAUUUUGGAGGGAUCAGGUUUUGGUAGUUAAAAGGCAGGAAUGCAAUUUCUAUGAAAUUUACAUUUUAAAAUGAUGCUAGAUUAGCUAGUCAGACCAAUCUCGUGCUUUUGAGUUAACUGCCAUUCUGGAGUUGCAUGAUCAAUGUAAUCCCAUUUUUUUUCACUAUUUUACAUAGAUAAGAAUAAACAUA